AUUUCUGGGAAAAGGAGCGUCUCCUCACCAGCAGCAGAGCCCAGACCACAGUGCCCCAAGUCCGUGUGACAGACGCAGAACCCGGAGGCAACGCGGAGGUAGCGUAACUGAGUGUCUCUGUGGAGUUGCGUUUAGACCUCAAAGAGUCAUGGCAGCGGGGAGAAUGCGCUCAACCCGCAGACUGCGCUCUUGGAUCGUAGAGCAGGUCAGCAGUGGGAAGUACCCGGGGCUGGUGUGGGAUGACGAUGCCAAAACCAUGUUCCGCAUCCCAUGGAAACAUGCAGGCAAACAGGACUUUCGCAAGGACGAGGACGCUGCUAUCUUCAAGGCGUGGGCAGAGUUUAAAGGGAAGUUGACGGACGGGGUGCAGGACAAUCCGGCCUCCUGGAAGACCCGUCUGCGCUGCGCCCUCAACAAGAGUCCAGAGUUCAAGGAGGUGAAUGACCGAGCUCAGUUGGACAUCUCAGAGCCCUACAAGGUCUAUCGCCUCGUCCCCAUCAGCGAACAGGGUUUGGUGGUUCCUGAGAAGAAAUGCAAAGAAAAAAACACCAGGAGGUCAAAAAGGAGGAGAAGUGAAUCGCAGAGCGACGACGUCAAUCACAUCAAGCAGAUUAAAACUGAAGACGUCACAUCGCAGCUGUGCGAGAGUCUCAGUGAAGACGCUCUGCUGCUCAGUGACGUCCACGCAGACGAGCCUGUUCAGCACAACACCACUAUAAUAAGACACGUGGUUGAUGAGAUCAGGUUGGACGUGCGGAUCGAGGAGAGCGUCCCUGCUCCUGCAGCAGUCCAGGACUCCUUUCGUGUUGCAGUUCAUUACUUAGGGCAGGAGGUCCUCAAACGUCACAUCCAGGGCACAGAUGUCCGGAUCAUGUACUUGCCUUCCUCUCUUACUCCCCCGACACCAUCCGCCCUCAAAGGCAGGUUCCCACGCAUCCCACUGCCGGAGCCGCCCCCCACGCUUCCGGCUGGCCCGGAGCUACAGGCCCUGUUCACCCUGCUGCCCUUCAUGGAGAAAGGGGUGGUGCUGACCUCCACAGCGCAGGGAGUCUACGGCAAGAGGUUCUGCCAAGGGCGGGUCUUUUGGACGGGCCCACAUACGACCAUGCCGGGUCUGCACAAGAUGGAAAGGAACGCAGAGCCAGUGCUGCUGUUCAGCAAAGAUGUUUUCAAACAACAACUGGAGCACUACCGUUCAAACGGCGGCGAGCCCCCUCAGUGUGGCAUCACUAUGUGUUUCGGAGAAGAGCUGAGUAACAGGGAAGACCCCUCCACAAAACUCAUCAUUGUUCAGAUAACGUUGCCCUGUGCAGAGCAGGAGGUGCAGAACGCUCAGACAUUCUUACAGUCCAUCAGCUUCCUGCAGUCUCUGGCCAAUCAGUCUCCACUUGAAGAAAUAACUCUGGAGCUGGUCGCCGUGCCUUCGCCCGACCCCUGACAUGAUCACCUGUGGGACUGUCUAAGCGCUGGGCAACAGUGACUGGUGUCUGUGCAGAAGUUAAACCUUACAACAUGUGACCACUAGGGCUGAGCAAUGUGUCUACAGGUUCAUCUCUAAUUACUGUUAUUAGGCCAUAAACAAUACUUUGUCCGGAUGAGAACAACAGAUUGGAGCUGGAAUUCUUCCCAAAUGACGUCUGAUCAAAACAACAGCCUCCAGCUUCUACCCACUGCUCAGCGCUAACAGACGCAGUGGCAUAAAACAUCACUUCAAACACCUGACGUUGGCGACAGAGCCUUAAUGACUGGAAAUCAAAUAGCAAACUUAGAAAUUGGACUUUUGUAUCCAGAAAAUGGACGUUGAGCUCUUUGGUCUCAUGUACCGGAAGCACUACAUGGAAACCGAUAGCAAGUCUUUAAAAAUGUAAUGUGCAAAUCUGAAGUCAGUGGUUCCCAACACAUGGGUCGGUACCCCAACAAUCCCAGGGGUCACGAAAUGAUUUACAGAGCAUUAAAGGAGGGGGGGGGGGGGGAAGCUUAUGCUUUGCAAAAUUGUGCUAAAUGUUCAGACAUUUCUCUAAUCUUUGCUAUUUUCGAUGUAAAUUACUGGACAGUCUUUUUAAAGACUUUUCAGAAGUACUUGCCACAGCUGGUUGAAAUACAGCCAGUCAUAGAUCCUGCUUCAUUUUAAAAGGUCACAAGAUUAAAAGGUUGGGAACCAUUACUUCUAGCAACUGAUGAUAAUUAUGUUUGUACGACAGCACUAUAGAAACCUUGGCUUUUAGUUUUAACUUUUCAUAUUAUUCCAUUAUGUCCAUAGAUGUCAGACUUUGUGUAGAAUAAAUGUAAACAGGCCGUUAGUAAAGUUGUAGCUGUAAUGAAACCAGCUGAGCAGAGCAGCAGCAGCAGAGAGCACAAAUGUCCUGCAGUACCUCUGGCUGUAAUUCUACUGAAAACCAGCUCAGAUGUUUACUUUCCUGUUGACGUGGCACUGCCAAACACAGACAUAAAUACAUUUACAAAUGUGGGUUAAAGCUUGUCUUUUAAUCAAUAAAGGUUGAGCCAGAUGGUGCGGCCUGCGCUGCAUCAGGGGCUGUGACCUGUGAUCAAUGGGUUGAAGCGGUGCCCCAUCCUCGUGUGGCAAACUAAUUUACAAAUGUACGUCCACUUAAACUUUACCUGCAGAGAUGAAGUGUGAACUACUUCUUUUGAGAGUUGCACUAAAUUCUUUCACUGCUUUAAACAUGUUAAUAGUUGUAAAACAAUUUCUGCUCUAGCGUCACGGAUUAUAAGAGGUCAACAAAGGAAGAGAGACAUCUGCACUAAAUACAGUCAGCUGAAGUGCAAAAUACUGGGUUUUUGAUGUGACAGGCAGGUGUUUGUAGGACUCGGUGCUCGUUUUAAGGUGGAAGUGGGUGUUGUCAAAGCAAAUAUCCUGUUUAUAUGUGGAUCACUGUUCCUCUUUCCAACUGCACUUUGAUAUUUAUGGAAAAAGUUAGCACAAUUUAAUGAAACAUUUCCUUCUAAAUAUUACAUGAUUUUGUAGAGAUUGCUACUACUGCAAUUCAGGCAAGUGCUAUGGUCAUGUAAAUUACAAAAGGCUGUUAUGAACCAUGCUUCUGCUUUAAAAUAAUUCAAAUUCAAUUAAAUUCAAAUAAUUCAAAUUCAAUAAUAAAGGUGACAUAAGGCAACGUACAGAGAGGCACAAAGUGACAUAUUGGUGCUGCCUGAAUUUUAAGUCAUACAAACUGAAAACUUAAUGAGAUAAACUGGUGCUUUCAAGUGUUCAUUUGAGGGUCUUGUCAGUGUAUUAGGUACAUGUCACUAAGACUAAUACAACAGUUCUAUUAUAAACCCUCCUUCAUGAAGGUGAUAAUGUUCCAUUUGAGGUAUGAUCAUUUUGAAAGAUGUUUGUGCUGCUGUUGAACUGUAUUGUGUUAUAUCCACAGGUGUUUGUACGUUACUGUCUACCAUACUUAUGUCAAUGAGGCCAGGCUGAAUAACAAACGGCUCAGUACAUAAAACACUAAAAAUAAACUGCAGCACAAACUGGU